GCCUGUGGAGGGGCAGAGACGGCAUAAAGAGGAUCCUGUCAGUUUUGAUCUCUAACGACUCCCAUAGAGCUGCUUUCUUGGCUUUACCCAGGUGUAUGAGUGAUGCGCUUUAAUGCUUUCCCAGAUCUACCGUCAACGAAUGAAUCUGGACUUUAUUUUUAUUCGCCGGGUGUGCCAUCUGCCGGUGCGUCACGGCUGCGCUGACCAAUCCUGACGCAGUGAUUUUUCGUGCGCCCUUGGAGAUCCCGCGGUGCUCUCUUCACAUCGCUGUCCAACCUACGGCUCGGUGACAGCAGAAGGUGUCGAUCCUCUUUAACUGAAUACCUGUCUUAGCGCUUCAGAUAUAAGAAUGGAUUGAAACUGCUGCUGUGCCAAAAAAUGGACCCAUGACAAGUCUGACUGGAUUGCCGUUUUCCCAUCUUGUGAAGCUUUCCCUGGCGAACUUCUUUAUUAAAUGAGACGCUAUGAUCCUGCAAGAGGAGGAUAAUCGUGCACCCCCAGUAGACAGCAUGGACACCAAAAGGCACAUCGCUGAAAGGUGACCUCCAGACACUUCACCUCCCCAAAACUUGUGAAUAUGCCAGGACAUAACAAUGAGCUCAAACAGCACCGACCCCGGUCUCUUCCUGACUGCAAACACCUCAACCCCAGCAGCCGGAGCCUACCCACAAUCCAAUGCUCUCCACCAAGGAGGAACUGGAGGAGGCCCCUGGUCUGCUUUCCAUGAUAAUUCCUCUUCCACCAGCAAACUCUUAAACCUGACCCCAGAAUCCCAAAAUGGGAGCGGACCAACGGCCAUGGAUCCCUUGGGAGGCCAUCAUGUUUGGCAGGUUGUUCUUAUUGUCUUGCUGACUGGCAUGUUAUCACUGGUGACCAUCAUCGGCAACAUCCUGGUGGUGGUUUCCUUCAAGGUGAAUCGACAGCUAAAGACGGUUAAUAACUACUUCCUGCUGAGCUUGGCUGUGGCUGACCUCAUCAUUGGGGUCAUCUCCAUGAACCUUUACACAACCUAUCUUGUGAUGGGAUACUGGGCCAUGGGUAACUGGGCCUGUGACCUUUGGUUAGCUAUAGACUAUGUGGCCAGCAAUGCAUCAGUUAUGAACCUACUGGUCAUCAGCUUCGACCGCUAUUUUUCGGUCACAAGGCCUUUGACCUACCGAGCCAAGCGGACCACAAAGCGAGCUGGGAUCAUGAUCGGCCUGGCUUGGUUUGUUUCUCUUGUUCUGUGGGCUCCAGCCAUCCUAUUAUGGCAGUAUUUUGAGGGAAAAAGGACAGUACCCUCAAAUCAGUGCUACAUUCAGUUCCUCACGGAGCCCAUAAUAACCUUCUGCACAGCGAUGGCGGCUUUCUACUUGCCUGUGACGAUAAUGAGUGUUCUGUACUGGCGUAUUUACAAGGAGACCCAGAAUCGUUCCAAAGAGUUAGCUGGCUUGCAGGGUUCAGGCGGUCGUGGUGGGAUAGGAAGAAGAAGUGGGAACGGUGCGGGAGAUCGAGCCCGUUUUGUCCACCAGACAGGAAGUUCUAGAAGUUGCAGCAGCUAUGAACUGACCAGAUUGUCAAGACGAAGGAGCACAUGCCGGGAGCUGGUUGGUCGCUUCCACUGCUGGCCUGGUGUACGUUCCUGGCGACCUGGUAGUAUCCGGCAUGGGGACCGAGAUCCAGAUCAGAGCAGCAGUGAUAGCUGGAACAACAAUGAUGCAGCGGUCUCUCUGGACCAAUCUGGGUCUUCAGAUGAUGAGGAAUGUGGGGGCAGAGAGAUGAUUUCUCAGAGUCAUGCCAUUUUCUCCAUUGUUCUUAGUCUGCCUGGCAUAAAAGCUGCUGUAAACUCCCAACUUACAUCAUGUGAGGAUCUGGAUGCAGCCUCAGAGGAGGAUCCUCUCAGGGGAGCAGAAUAUAGCCGAGACAGCCUCUCAACUCUCACCACCAACACCUCUGCUGAUACCCUGGAAAAUGAUGGCGCAAACAGUACAGAAAAUAACUACCACCAACGCUUCUGCUCUCGCAAGAUUCAAUCAAUGCCUACCAUCCAAUCUAACCAAGGCUCCCUGGAUGACCCCCAAACAACUACUACCACUGCCACCAACAGUACCACCACCAGCACUGCUACGAAGUCCCCCUCUGUCCCAAUGUCUUUCAAAGAGGCAGCUCUGGCAAAGCGUUUUGCCGCUCGAGCUCGGACACAGAUCACCAAGAGGAAGCGCAUGUCCUUAGUGAAGGAGAAGAAGGCAGCUCAAACUCUCAGUGCCAUCCUCUUUGCUUUCAUCAUCACAUGGACACCUUACAACAUUAUGGUGUUGAUUAACGCCUUCUGUAAAGAGUGCAUACCAGAGACCCUGUGGGCAGUAGGGUACUGGUUGUGCUACGUUAACAGCACAGUCAACCCAAUGUGCUACGCCCUGUGCAACAAGACUUUCCGUACGACUUUUAAGAUGAUACUGAUGUGUCGCUGGGAUCAGAAGAAAAGGAGGAAGCAGCAGUUCCAGCAGAGGCAGUCGGUGGUCUUCCACAAAAGGAUUCCCCGGGAAUCCACGUAAAAGACUUAAAGUUUGGAUUGUUGUUAACAUGAAGUUUAAAGAUUAAACAUAGGAUAAGGACAAGGAAGGACAACCUUAUUGAUGUUUGUGUGGAGUUUAUUUGCCUAGAAGUCCUUGAUGUGUUUCUAGGCUGAGAUGUUAAGCACAGCAAUCCUAUGUGGUGGUCUUAAGGCAUGUCUCUGUGCAUCCAUUUAGCAAAGCCUUGUGUAUGCGUAGAAGAUUGUAUGAGGUAAAAUCCAGAAAUGAAAGCUUUCCCUCUGUCCUUGAAGAACUGUGUACCAUUUCACACAAGUACAGUUGAGAGGAAAUGACCUGAGUGUGAAAUAAUAGAAAAGGGCUUUUAAAUGCUUUGCAGGAGAAUUACUGAAGUGCAAUUGACAAAGGGGUAAAGGAUAUCUUUGUCAGGGGGUGUGGGAUUCACAUUUCUUAUCAUUUCGCUCUGUGGGUAGCUAGAUCUGUAAUGUGCAGAGUGGUUUUGCAUUUCAGACAGAACUAUGUAUCUGUAAUAUGUCAUUGAAAGCCAAGACAGAGCCUUUGUUUUUUUGUUUUUCUUCAUAGGCUUCUUUGUUGUUCUAAUUUGAUAUGCCAUCCUCUUGACUGGCAUGCGUUUUUAUCAGAAUUUCUGUAAAUUGCCUUUCUACAUGGAUAUAGCUUUCUUGUGUCUGAUGGAAUUUAAAAAAAAAAACUUCUAAAAAUGUGUCCUUACUUUCAGUCAACAGAGAUCUGUUAUUUUUGUGCUCUUUGGUUUUCUAGAUAUUCCUGAGAUUUUGAGCCAGUCUGAAAAUUAUUCUUCUGAUGAGCUGAGUUGUGAAUAUUUUUGUGGCACCACAGUCAGUGAACUGCUGUUGUGUUCAAUGUGGUUGUUGUGGUUUUUAUGGUGGAGACAAUAAGUACAUUGGUUGUGUUUUUUUAAUGUACUUGCGGUUCUCUGUCACGAGUAAUGAUUAUACAAUGAUGAUGUUCUGUUUGUGUACAUUUGGAUAUUUCUGACUUGAUACACAAUGAUUGAUUGCACACGAAAAUAUGUCCAUUUAUAAAGAUGCGUGUUUUAAAAUACCUUUUGAAUUUCUACCAAUGAUACAUCUGAGGAACUCUUUGUAAAAGGCCACCCAUCUUUGGUAGAGCAAUGGCAGCCUCUAGUGGCUUGAGCAAGACCUUUUGUCCAGGCUGUAUUGAUGUGAGUCCAACUUUUACAGUGCAGUAUCGCUAUCUAAUUUUACCAACAUGAAGACAAAAAAGUAAUUAAAGGUACAAUAUUUUAA